AUGAAAUUUAUAGACAUUAUACUUGUACUGUCUGUAUCAGCAGUUGCCAGUGCGUUAGUAGCUACGCCAAAUGCAGAAACUCGAUCGCAUCAGUUGUCAAAACGUAGUCCUGGUAAAGGCUGGGAAAAAUUGGUUGAAGACAACCCCAAUGAUGAUGACGCAAGCGAACCAGGACCAUCAAACGACGGCAAUAGUGUCGAAAGUAGACUGGCGGAUGCCAAACGUCAAAGGGAAGAUAUAUGCGAUAAAUAUCGGAAAUACAAGAAUAGUUUAUGGCGAGAUGGAUUGGAAUAUGGUCUGACUGGUGAAGUUUUAAUGAGUAAUCAAUCGCCUACUGAAUAUUAUGGUAAUGUCGACAGCAACGAAUCAUUUAGAGGCAAACAUGAAAAGAUGAAAAGGCUAAAACAAGAAUGCAAGGAGGCAAAACAAAAGGAAAAGGACCUAAAAAAAGAACUUGGAAAACGACCGAGUAGUGGAUGGGGAAACAGACUCAAACGAUUAAAAAAGAUGUUUACCAAACACUAA